CUUUGUGCGGAAGGAUACGGAAGUCGCCCUAAAUGGCAGUAAACUAAAGACAGACAUUUUGUUGGAGACUGUUGAUUCUUAUUUUGCCAAUUUUCCAUCAUUUUCUGGCUAAUCAAUGCAGAUUCCGCCGGUGAGGUGAGAGUAGAAGAACAACAGCUUGACAUAGAGGGCAGUUUUAGCGAGAUCAGCGUCGAUUUGGUGCUGUUUUAGCCGUCGACACAGCCGGUCCUUUCUUGCCAAAAAUAGCAGCGAACGCAAGUGGCCAAAAUGUCGCUGAAAAGCAAGAAGGACACCAAGAUGCGAAUCAGGGCCUUUCCCAUGACUAUGGAUGAGAAGUAUGUGAACAGUAUCUGGGCCCUGCUGAAGAACGCCAUCCAGGAGAUACAGAAGAAGAACAACAGCGGUCUGAGUUUUGAGGAGUUGUACAGGAAUGCCUACACCAUGGUGCUGCACAAACAUGGGGAGAAACUGUACACAGGCCUGAGGGAGGUGGUCACUGAACAUCUCGUCAACAAGGUGCGAGUGGACGUGUUGGAGUCCCUGAAUAACAACUUCCUGCAGACCCUGAACAGUGCGUGGAACGACCACCAGACAUCCAUGGUCAUGAUCAGGGACAUCCUCAUGUACAUGGACCGAGUGUAUGUCCAACAGAAUGGAGUGGAGAAUGUGUACAACCUGGGGCUGAUGCUGUUCCGUGACCAGGUGGUCCGUUAUGGCUGUAUUAGGGACCACCUCAGACAGACCCUGCUGGACAUGGUGGCUCGUGAGCGCAGGGGAGAGGUCGUCGACAGGGGAGCGGUGAAGAAUGCGUGUCAGAUGUUGAUGAUCCUGGGUAUCGAGAGUAGGCAGGUUUAUGAGGAGGACUUUGAACAGCCUUUCCUGGAGCAGUCUGCAGAGUUCUAUAGGUUGGAAAGUCAGAAGUUCCUAGCAGAGAACAGUGCUUCUGUCUACAUCAAAAAGGUGGAGCAGAGGAUCAAUGAAGAGGCAGAGAGAGCCAAACACUACCUGGAUAAAACCACAGAGGAACCCAUCGUUAAAGUACUGGAGGAGGAGCUCAUCAGCAAGCACAUGAAAACUAUUGUAGAUAUGGAGAACUCAGGAGUGGUCCACAUGUUGAAGAACAACAAGACGGACGACCUGGCCUGCAUGUACAAGCUGUUCAUACGCGUGCCGGACGGGCUGAAGACGAUAUGCGAGUGCGUCAGCAAGUAUCUUAGGGAGCAGGGCAAGGCCAUUGUCACAGAGGAGGGGCAGGCCGGCGAGCCCAAAAACCCCAUCACAUAUGUACAGAGCCUGUUGGAUCUUAAGGAGAGAUUUGACCACUUCCUUCACGAGUCCUUCAGCGAUGACAAAGUGUUUAAGCAGCAGGUGUCGUCGGACUUUGAGUACUUCUUAAACCUGAACCAGAAGUCUCCUGAGUACCUGUCUCUGUUCAUCGACGACAAGCUCAAGAAGGGAGUCAAGGGGUUGACAGAACAGGAGAUAGAGAACAUCCUGGACAAGACGAUGGUUCUGUUCCGCUACCUUCAGGAGAAGGAUGUGUUUGAGCGGUACUACAAGCAGCACCUGGCUCGCAGGUUACUCAUGAACAAGAGUGUGUCAGACGACUCAGAGAAAAACAUGAUCUCAAAACUCAAGACGGAGUGCGGCUGUCAGUUCACCUCUAAGCUGGAGGGAAUGUUCAAGGACAUGUCCAUCUCUAACUCACUCAUGGAUGACUUCAAGCAGCAUCUACAAAACACAGGGACGACCUUGAGCGGGAUAGACCUGAGUGUGCGAGUCCUGACCACGGGAUUCUGGCCGACUCAGUCCUCCUCACCAAAGUGUAACAUCCCUGUACAAGCCAGGAACGCCUUCGAAACGUUUAAGAGGUUCUAUUUAGUAAAACAUAGCGGCCGUCAGCUGACGUUGCAACAUCACAUGGGCUCAGCUGACCUCAACGCAACAUUUUAUGGACCUAAAAAGGAGGGAGGAGGCAGUAAUGUAAGGAAGCACAUUCUCCAAGUCUCCACCUUCCAGAUGUGUGUUCUCAUGCUCUUCAACAACAGGGACAAACUCACUUACGAGGAAAUCCAGAGUGAAACAGACAUCCCUGACCGAGACCUGACGCGAGCGCUGCAGUCGCUGGCCCUCGGGAAGUCUCAGCAGCGCGUCCUUGUCAAGGAGCCCAAGGUGAAGGAGAUCGAGCCUUCACACCAGUUCUACAUCAACGACCAGUUCACAUCCAAACUGCACAGGGUCAAGAUUCAGACAGUGGCAGCGAAGGGUGAGUCGGACCCGGAGCGUAAGGAGACGAGGAACAGGGUGGACGAGGACCGGAAACACGAGAUCGAGGCGGCCAUUGUUCGAAUCAUGAAGUCUCGCAAGAGGAUGCAGCACAACGUUCUGGUAGCAGAGGUAACUCAACAAUUGAAGGCGCGGUUCCUACCGAGUCCGGUGGUCAUCAAGAAGAGAAUGGAAGGUUUGAUCGAGAGAGAGUACCUGGCUAGAGCUCCAGAGGAUAGGAAAGUGUACACAUACGUCGCCUAGAGAGGGUACCGGACUGGAGAUAUUAGGGUGGGGGAGGGGGGCUGGACGGGUUUAGCCAAUUUUGGUAUGAUUUUUUUUUGGAAGGGGGGGGGAAGGAUGUGUGAAGAAAGGUUUAAAAAAAAUUGUAGCUGAAUUUCUGUGCAUGGCAGAAGAGCAGAAAUCGAAGAAGAAGAAGGGGAACAUCAUCUUGUUUGUUCCUGAAUAAGUUUGUAUCAGACUUUAACCGAGUAUGAUGUUCAUUUUUGGGGAGGGGGAGUUACAAUCAGUUACAUAGUUAGUCCUUAGAUACACAUGGAAAGGGGUUGCAGAUAUAAGAGAGGGAGGUUUUAAACGUGAGCCUGCACCCCCCUAUCUGAAGACGUGGUAUAUCCCAUGGCUACACCAUCAGACAGUUGGAAACUAUGUACAUGUAUAUGUUGAAUACACAGACACACUUGUAUAAUUACCAAAUAAAAAAGAGGCAAUUUCUAUACCGGAUAUACUAUAGCGUAGCGACAGUGUACACACAUCGACAUGGUCUUUAUUUACCCUGACACCCCCUGCUGUACAAUGGAACCAGCCAUAUUUCUGCAACUGUCAUCCAGGAGUGGAAGGGUCUAUUCCUGGAACAGGGGUGAUGGGGGUGAUCCUUUGUUACAUUUGCUUGCCUUGCAACAGCAGUAUAAAUAUAGAAUCUGUUGUCUACAA